AUGUCCGUUGAUUCAGCGAAAGUGGGCCAUUUAUGCGUCCUUGUACAUGGGCUUUGGGGAAACCCCUCGCAUCUUGAUUAUCUGGCUGCGGCCUUGAAAGAGCGACAUGGUGAUGAGCUUCACACACUAUGUCCCAGCGGAAACAGCGGGAACAACACAUACGAUGGGGUUGAUGUCCUCGGAGAGCGCGUCGUGCAAGAAAUCGAAGCCGCCUUACAAAACCUCGAGGCCGACGGCCAUGUGAUCAAGAAAAUCAGCCUCAUCGGGUAUUCCCUUGGUGGUCUCGUGGCACGCUAUGCAAUUGGCAUUCUCCAAGCCAACGGCUGGCUCGAUAAGCUGGAGCCAGUGAAUUUUACCACAUUCGCAUCGCCGCAUGUGGGUGCACGAACACCACUCAAGGGCUUUGCGAGCAGUGUUUGGAAUGGUGUCGGUCCGAGUAUGAUCUCUGCGUCUGGCCAACAGAUGUUCAUGGUGGACUCCUUCCGUGAUACCGGGCGACCCCUAUUCAGCGUGAUGGCCGACCGAGAGAGCGUCUUCAUCCAAGGAUUGAAGAGGUUUCCGAAUCGCAGCCUCUAUGCAAACGUCGUCAACGACCGCAUCACUUCAUUUUUCUCAACUGCGAUUUCCAAAACUGAUCCCUUCCAAGACCUGGAUAACCUCAACAUCAAUUAUGUGGAGGGUUAUGAGCGGGUCAUUAUUAAUUGCGACCAAUGGCUUCUUCCUCAAAAGACGUCUGACUUUAAGACCUCCCCUUGGAAAACCCCUGUUGCCUACGCACGUCAGAUGCCCCUUUUUCUUUUAGCGAUGUUUAUUCUUCCUCCUGCCUUGACAGCAUUUGUUGUCCACGCUGCCAUUCAAACAGUGCGCAGCCGCAAGAGGAUCCGGCUACAUGGCGAGGGCCAACUCGGUGCCCUUUUCAAGAAGUACCGAGUGCCCUUACUAGUGAAGGAUGCUCAACAUGCGAUGGAAGAAGUCCUUGAAAAUGUCAACGCAACCCAAGAACCUGCCUAUCUCUCCAGCACAGACGACGAUGAUUCUGAUGUUGAGGAUGCUGCUACUCCUUUGAAUGAAAACAACCUCGACUUAUUAGGCACUGCUAAGCAGCAGCCUUCCGCCGAUGGUGACACAAUUGCCCAUCCACCCAAGCUUGCAUUAACUCCUGAACAAUUCGAGAUCAUCGACUCCCUCAACGGUGUAGGAUUCCACAAAUAUCCAGUGUACAUCCACACCCACCACCAUAGCCAUGCUGCUAUCGUUGUUCGCAUUCAAAAAGAUUCAUUCUGGGAGGGCAAGAUAGUCGUCAAGCAUUGGCUUGACAACGAGUUCAAGGCUUGA